GAGUGAUAUAAGAAGUGUAGAGAUGGAGGCCGCGGGAGAAGGAAAAAGCAAGAUUCUCAUAAUUGGGGGAACAGGAUAUAUUGGGAAACAUAUGGUGAAGGCAAGCACCUCUUUGGGUCAUCCAACAUAUGUUUAUUCAAGGCAUAUGAACCCACAUACCGCUCCUUCUAAGACAGACUUGCUCCACCAGUUUCAGGCUAUGGAAGUUGCAAUUAUCCAUGGAUAGUUGGGGGAGCAUGAGAAGCUGGUGCGGUUGAUUGUGCAAGUAGAUGUGGUAAUUUCUACAUUGGCUUACCCUCAGGUCCUUGAACAACUUAAGAUUGUUGAUGCUAUCAAAGUUGCCGGUAAUAUAAAGAGGUUCCUCCCGUCAGAUUUCGAAUGUGAGGAGGAUAAGGUGGAUCCUGUGCCCCCUUUUCAACUUUUUCUUGAUAAAAAUCGAAAAAUCAGACGCGCUACGGAGGAAGCUGGGAUUCCUUACACUUUCGUUUCUGCAAAUUGCUUUGGUUCCUACUUUGUGAAUUACUUACUUCAUCCGCAUGAACCUCGAGAAGAUUUAAACAUUUUUGGAAGUGGAAAAGCUAAUGCUGUCUUAAACUAUGAAGAAGAUAUUGCUAUUUACACCAUCAAAGUAGCAAACGACCCAAGAACAUGCAAUCGUAGUGUUACCUACAGGCCUCCGAAAAACAUCAUAUCACAACUGGAAUUGAUUUCAUUGUGGGAGAAAAAGACCGGUUGGAAUUUUAGAAGGAAUCAUAUCCCAGAAGAAGAAAUUGUCAAGCUCUCUCAAACAUUUCCGUAUCCUCAGAAUAUACAGAUCUCCAUUCUUCAUAGUAUAUUUGUUAAGGGUGACUUGAUGAAUUUUGAAGUAGGGGACGGUAUUGUUGAAGCUACAGACAUAUAUCCAGAUAUUAAAUACACUUCAAUUCACAAACUUCUGGAUAUUUUUCUAGUCGACCCACCAAAACCGGUGACUGCUGCAUUUUGAUGACAGACAUUGAAAUUUCCUAAAUCGAAGAGGAAGGUCAGAAACUUAUUAUUCAAUUAAGGUGUUCUAAUCAUAUUCGUGGUUCAGUGUACGCUUUUAUCUUUAGUUUACUAAAAAAGUUGGGAGUACACAUUAAAAAAAAAAAUAAUAAUAAUAAAAAAAAGAAGCAAUAUUUAAUUAUUACUUUUAUGGUAAUUUAUAAAGGAUAAUUACAUACGCAUUCUUCCUAUUUUUCGUGAAAUAUACUCUUUUAUAUUUAUUU